AUGGGUGAGGACGAGUGGGCUCCAUUUUGUGACGAGUACGUACCCUAUUGUGUUUAUAGCCUCUGCCUGACUUUAGCUGCCAGGGAAGAGUGGGGUCUCGCCGAGUGGCUUGUAAAAAGCCUUGGACAGACUCGAACCAAUGAAUUUCUAAAGUUACCAAUUACACGAAACCAAAUGCAACCUUCAUUCCACAACAACCGAUCAUUCCUCAAGAAGGUUGAUGAACUCCUGCAUGGAGCCACCUGGAGCUGUAAGAAGAUUAGUGUUCAGGGAAAUAGAACAGACGAAAAAGGCAAACCGUUGCACGAAGAUGUUGAACUGUGGAUGCGCAAUCCUGUAGAGUGCAUCAAAGACUUGAUCGGAAAUCCUUUGUUCAAGGAUCAAAUGGUGUACACACCUGCUUGCGCAUACAUGGACUCUGCAGGACUCCACCGAGUGAUAGAUGAUAUGUGGACUGCAGAUUGGUGGUGUGACAUGCAAGUAAGCACCAUACCAAAAAAACAUCAAAAAUGA